UUGAGAAGGCAAAGGUUACGUGGGAGGCGACCAGAGGCAGCUACGCAAUGACGCAGUGAGGGCCGAUAGCUUUGGCGGAUCUCGAUUGUUAGUCAGCUUCAACUUUCCACACCAACGCAGUGAGUUUAGAGUAGAAGGAGUAGUUAGUCAGAAAUUAAAAUCAGAUUAUAGAUAAUUAACAGGUGAAGGAAAUGUUGACCAAUUUUAUAAUCUGUUGCACUUGGAUUCUCGAGCUUUCCUCUGAAGCCGCCAACUCCACGUGACGCCUCGAGUCGGCAUGCUUGAACCUUGACUACAGUGGGUGCCCGCCAAUUUGCACCACUCAAGCAUCGGACAGCUCGCCAAGCUUCCAUAGAUCGCGCAUCUUAGAGUGCAAUAAAGUACUUUUAUCACUCGAAAUGGCGUCACGGCAUUCAGCUGCUCGCCCGAGUAGAAACGGCGAGAAUUUCGCGAGGACACAUCACCAUGACGACAACGAAGCCGGUGAUCUCAAAUUCGACGUACGAAACCCAUCUGCGCUUGCUCCUGAUGCGCGAGAGGAUGACGCAAUACUUGAUGCCGAUGUCAUUGGUGGUAGUCAUGCAACAAAGCGAGGUGCAGUGAAUUUGGAUGGCUAUGAUAGCGACUCUGACAACGACAACUUCAACGCCCGUGCUGGCAGUCGCAAGAAACGCGAGGUCAACAUCAUCGAUCAAUUGGACAAUUACGACGCUAAGGAGGAUAAUACUGAGGCGAAUAAAAGCAAAUACAACGAUGAUGAUGACGACGACAUGUUCGCUGCAAGUGGCGGAGACGACGAUGUUAAUACAAAUGAGGACGCCAAACAGGAGAAGAAAAAAGUACAGUUCUUGGAUUCUAAAGAAAUCACGGGACAGGAGUUGAACAGUCGAAGCGGAGGUACCAUAAGAAUAGAUCAAGAUGGAAGUAGCGACGAUGAAUCUGACAAAGAGCUUGCCAUGGAGGAGGAGGGCGUCGACGAGGAGGUGGGUGCUGGGGGCCUAAAGCGCAAUGCGCCCAAGGUUGAAGCAUUCAAUCUACGAGAUGAGAUGGAAGACGGUCGGUUCGAUGAUUCGGGCAACUAUGUUCGAAAAGCUGGUGAUCCUGAUGCAGUACAUGAUACCUGGCUUGAAGGUCUAAGCAAAAAGGACUUGAAGAAAGCUGCAACAGCGCACGAGAAGCGCCAAGAGGAAGCCCGAAAGCAGAGAAUCGAGGAUGAUAGCCUAUCAGUACCAGAUCUUCUGAAGAAACUCAUAUUGCAGUUGGAAAAGGCGGAAACCCCUCUGGAAGCUCUGGCAAGAUUGGGUAAAACUCAGCCGAAGUCAAAGAAGAUUCCGGCAUGGAAGCUCAAAAAGCUAAACAAAGCCAAAAGCGACAUGGAUAUAGAUUCAUCGGCAACAUCGGAAGUUGAUGCAGCAGCAGCUCGAAUAAAAACAGCUAUCGAUGCCAUCACUGAUGCCGCAGACAAGCUGUUGAGUCGCGGCCAUGAAGAUAUAUAUGAUCAAGAGCGAGAGCUGCUUGUGCGAGAGUAUCGUCGCGAGUCUGGGGAAGAAUGGGUCGAGCCCAAGCAGCCCGAGGAGGAUACGGGCACGAUAACUGUGCAAACUACUGGUGAUUGGAAUUUCAGAUGGGUCGCAGGAGACGGUGCCGUGCAGGGCCCGUUUGACGGACCGACAAUGAAGGCAUGGCAAGAUGCCGGCUACUUCAAACAAGGCGUGGAAAUUCGAAGAGUCAACGACGAUGGUGAAUGGCUGAAGUCAGUAACAUUUGAAUGACAUUGCCAAAUUUUUGCUGCAAUAGGCGACAAAUUAGUGCUUUUGGGAUACAGCUAUAACGGUGAGAGUCGACAGAGUUCGCCAUAUAAUCCCUGUGCAGCAUCGCAGCUCGGGUCAAAGCACGGCAACUCGGACCAGCCAGUCAUGGCACGGAGCCAAAACAGCAGUCCGUCACGCGGAUUCAAAGAACAACGAUUUACCCCAGGCUAGACAGGGUGCGGCUCUGCACGGCAAAGGAAGAAGAUCAUGGGUCUCCGUUUUAAGCAGAAACAUCAGGCAACGUCGAGCUGUGAAUGGACAGUCGCAGCGUGAGAAGCCGUUUUGCUCCGGCUAGGUGGACACUCUACGGAGGCCCAGCCCUACGAUUAUCGUGCUUUGGACCCGAACCUUGCCGUGGAUUCCCGCCAAACUGCGCCGAAGUACAGCGCUAGACCCCCGGCGCAUGGCGUGUUACAGCGCCGCAACCCGCCUAGAACCAGGCACACUGAGUUGCUGGAGUGCCGCUAUGCGUAGCGACUAGGUUACGCACAUGAAGCCAUCGCCAAACUGAGAAGGCGGAGUAACUUACUUGUCAGUCCCACAGCGGUCGCUGUCCUGCCCAAGUGCAUAGCUCUACCUGUAGCCCCAAGAAUUCUUACAUAACAUUUCCUUAUCCAUUUGAGUGAUUUUCCUGUCUUUAUCUCUCCUCUUACACGCUGUCUUUAUCUCUGGCCCUGGUUUACUACAAUGUCGGCCACUUAUCGGCGCCUGGGACACUCAGCGCGUGGAUAAGGAGUGACUUGGAAAGUACAUACGACCAGGUACAUUGUUGCGGGAGAAAUCGGGUAGCUUGCAUGUCGCGCUAGUCCCAGUUUCCCACCUUAAAAAAAUGGGAUGGACGCAAAGCUGCACGCCCCCUCUGCCGCUGCGUAAGAAAAAGCGCGCAAUUAGCAGGCAAAGCCCAACAAGGUCCAGCUAUGGUUGGGGAAUAGUUAGUGCCGUCUUAGGCCAUUCGGGCCUAUGGGGAGAGCAUCGUGGCCGGACGUAUGGCGCUGGAUGAUGCACUUACACGCGUUCUUGGGGGAAGAGUCUAUGAGCGCAACCGGCGUUUGUAUGAAUAGGUAGAGAUGCGAAGCGUAUUAGUUCGCUGCAUAAUGUUAGUCAUGGAUUUGUCAUUUUUGCUCAUUUAAUUUAACACUAUGGUUUAUUUUGUCUGUAUCAUUUGGAAGCAAACCCGAAUCGUUGAUUACGCCAGCAACAACUGGCCGCCAUCGGAUGUCGAGGGCAAGGCUCAGUGGCAAACGCGGCGAAGCCCGAGUAGAAGAGGAAAAGAACAGAGGUAGACGGUAUUUUUAUACAGCAGCGUAUUGGACUUUCAAUAGAGACAAUUGCUUAAAAAAUCAUAUUGUAAGACCCAUUACAUGUCUAUAUUUGGCCCAAUGCAAUAGCACAGAAAACAGAAACCUUGAGGGGCACGCCCCUCGCUCACUGUGGUGACCGCUCCAGGAGGGGUGUGUGGCACAGAGACAGCUGCGCGACGUCCCCCGCCCCUCUUCUGGCGCUUGCCCCUCCUCGAGCUUUCUGCUACUUCUAUUGCCUUCCGCCUUCUCCUCCUC